AUAGGUUACAGGAGCGGGUGGGUGAGAUUCGGUGGCCUACUUUGUGCAGGAGAUCAGACUAGAUGAUUAAAAGGGUCCCUUCUGACCUUAACGUCUAUGAUUCUAUGAGUCUAGGUCAGGAAUGUUGUUCAUAUUAUCAUCGGUGAUCCCUCAAGGUCGAGGAUGAUCUCUUUCACGGGUUAUAUUUUUCAUGGGUGGCUGAGGAGUCUGAUGCUUGAGCCACAGGCUCAUUGACAGACAUUGCAUGUGGUGUUGGAAGACUGGGUUGGGCCGCAAUUGCUGUGUGACAGUUCUUUCCAUUUUUUUCUGGGGUUUUUCUUGCUACCGGAGCAAGGCGAUUUUCCUCAAAGGUGGACGUUCCCUCUCUGACAAGUCUUCGCCGGUUAUCUGUAUCCUGGGCUGCUGUCUCCCUGUAUGUGGUCGAUGCCACAUCUCUUGAUGUUUACUUUGAGAGUGUCUAUAAAGGGUUUCUUUUGGUCUCCACGUUUCUGCGUUCUCCUUUCUGCGUUGGAUCAUCAUUUUCUCCCUGUGUGUGGCAAGCUGCCUUCAGAUAAUGUACAAUGGGGCUACAAAUUCAUUUUGUGGUUGACCCGCAGGGGUGGUGCUGCAUGGGCAUGAUUAUCUUCGUUUGGCUUUACAACACACUCUUUAUUCCCCAAAUUAUCCUCUUUCCUCACUAUGAAGAGGGACACACUUCAACUGCAGCGAUAUUGUGCUACUACUUAGUCUCAUUGUUUUGUAUAGUUUCAUUAUUGAGAGCCUCCGUAGCUGAUCCAGGAAAACUCCCUGAAACGCCAAAGAUACCACUUACAGAACGAGAAUUUUGGGAACUGUGUAAUAAAUGUAAUAUGAUGAGACCAAAGCGAUCCCAUCACUGCAGUCGCUGUGGACACUGUGUUAGGAGGAUGGAUCAUCACUGUCCAUGGAUUAACAAUUGUGUUGGUGAAGACAAUCAUUGGCUGUUUUUGCAGCUAUGCUUCUAUACUCAGCUUCUUAGUUCCUAUACACUGAUACUUGAUUUCUGCCACUAUUAUUAUUUUCUGCCCCUGAAAAAAGUUAACUGGGAUCUCUUUAUAUUUAGACAUGAACUUGCCUUGCUAAGAAUAUCGACCUUCAUGGGCAUAAUAAUGUUAGGUGGAAUAAGUGGACUCUUUUACACUCAGCUAAUGGGUAUUUUCACUGAUACAACUAGUAUAGAAAAAAUGUCAAACUGUUGUGAAGAAAUAUCGAGGCCCCGAAAGCCAUGGCAGCAGACCUUCUCAGAAGUUUUUGGCACUCGCUGGAAGAUCCUGUGGUUUAUUCCUUUCAGGCAGCGGCAACCACUGCGAAUUCCCUACCACUUUGCCAAUCAUGUCUAAACAGAUGGAUAGUGGGCACAGAUGGGUCCUCCAUGCUGGAAGUGUGUUACCGGUUUUAUGUUGAUAGAACUAUGACAGUCUUCAAGUCAAUUAAAAUCCACCCACCAAUCGAAGACAUCAUAAUGUGCCCCAGGCUUUAUUUUAAUAGUGAUCUUGAUUCUGUUGUGGGAUUAGUACUAGUUCUAAGGCAUAUUUACUUUCAAAUUAGUUUUCCAGAGGGAUUUCUUGUGUAUUUGAGGUUAAUAACAAAAACAUAAAUGAUUGAAAUACAAUGUUACGCAAUUUUGUUUCAAUACUGGAUAUUUUUAUUUUUUUAAGGAAACACUGAAGUUUACAUAGAUUAAUAGAUUUCAAACAAAGUGUGUCAUUCUGCAUUUAAUUUUUUAGUGUUUUUAUUAGUAGAUUUACCUAGAUUAUGUACAGAUCUUUGUCUGCUAAUUGUGUUUAAAAUUCUCUAAUGCCUUCUUUUAUUUAUGAUGCAUGAUAUUAAUCAUGCAGUACAGCACUGGAAAAAGGUGGUAUUUUAACAGAAGCAGACUUUUUCCUAAACUUUUUCCAGAAAUUUUUUUUAAGAUAUAAAGGGAGAUCUUGCAUCUUAUAGUCUCAGUUUUGUAAAAAUGUAGUCUUAAUACAAUAGGUUAUCGUUGUCCCUGUAUCAGUUAAAACUAUGAGCUCAAACACUCUUGGGCAAACUAUGCAGAUAUAAAGCAUGUUUUUUUCCGUUUUUUCCACAAGGAUUUCCUUGUAACUUGCAAUAAUUCCACAUAUAAUCAAUAUGGUACGAAUAUUAGAGUACAUACAUAUAAAAAUGCAGGUUUAAUCAGUCAAUAUAAAGGAUCAUGUAUGAAUAUACAAAGUAGUGUGUGGUCACUAAAGUUAUACUUUACAUUUUGUUUUGGUUAGUCACUACUAGAACUAGAAUUAGGAUUACUUUUCAGGUGUUUAUGGAAAUGGGCAAUGUGUGUGGAAAAUACUUUUUAAGUAUUUAUUUAUAUGUAAAUAUUGAUGUUAUAGAUAAGCACUAAUUUCUAUGUAAACAGGGUCGUUGAACUGCACUAACUUCCUCUUCUGUGUAUUGUGUGGACAGGAGACCAUUUUGCUCUUUUUCUGGGAUAGGAGGGUCACUUCUUAUUAGAAGUGGUUAACAAGAAAUGCUAACCUUAAGAUUAGAGCUGGUCAAAUAGUAAACUGAUGCCACACCACAGAAGUAUUGCCUUUUUUGCUAUGAUUUAGAGUGUUGUUUAUUAUUCAUGUAUGUCUCAGCAAUUGUCAGGUAUUUGUGAAUCUUGAAAGUUUCAUGAAUUUUCACAAGGAUAAAAUUCAUAGUUUGUGUUACUCAGUAUUCUGCCGAAAAAAUUUAUCAUCCAGUCUAAAAGCAGAAACAACAGGAUGCAUCUUCGGUACUACCAUACAACUUGAAUAACAAAUAGUAAAUAGUCAAAGCAAACAAGACAUAAGCUGAAAAUUAUUUAUCCAGGAUAUCUGGGAUUUCUAGCAUUCUGAAUGAAAGUUCCUUUCACUCUCUCUUUCACUGUUAGUUUCGCUGUAGAACAGUCUUAUGGCUAAUGUUUAAACCAAAGUUCAGAAUGUCCAAAAGGUGAUGAAAAUGCUGAUGUGGCCUUUGAAAUUUACAAAUGGGCACUGUAUAAAGUAACUGCUGCAUCUCCUUUAAGAAAAAGGAAGUCACCUACUGUAUCCUCUGUGAUACUCUGGAAGGAAAUUAAGUCGUUUUCAUUCUGCUUAAACGUGUUUUGCAAAACACACAUAUAUAAAUACAGGGUUAGGAUUUUUUUUUAACUUUUCUUGAUAAUGAAUUAGCAUAGUUUGCAGGUUGUAUCAUUUAAAUCAGUGUUUCUCAACUACCAGUCUGUGAAAUGGCACCAGUCCCUGAGAUCUGUUUGAUACAGUUUAGGAAGGCAGCAAGCUGGUCCCUGGUAUCAAAAAGCUUGAGAAACACUGAUUUAAAGCACUGAAGCCUUUGAUUAAAGAGAAGAUCAAUGAGUUUAAAUGUCCUUGAUUCACUCAUUGUGGGAUGUAUAUUUAUUCCUUCUGUGUUUCUUACAUCUUCCUUUCAGUUACUUAACUUUGGGGAAAGCACAUUUGCAAUUCAUAAAUUGUUGCAGUAUUGGACGAUGAAUUGUAAACAGUGUGUUUUAAAUUUGGUAAACUGUACCUAUACAUGAAAUGAUGAGAGCAUGAAAUCUUUACAGAGA